CAAGGAAUUUCUUGGCAUGAGGGGCCCAAAACUGCCCCAAGUAUUUGAGGUUUGGCUACCCCAGUACCCAGUCCAUGGGUCAGUCACUGCCCUGGUCCUGUUGUCCAUGGGGCUGUGUGGUUCUGCAGGGGCUGGAUGGGACAAAUCCCCAACAUUCGGUGUCAGGAUGAGGCUUCCCGGGCUCAGGCCAGGUUGGGGUCACUCCGGGGAGGGUUUGUUGCCAGCAGCAGGCAGACAGGAGUGUGUCGGGGCUGUGAUGCCAGGUACUGGGCAGGUCCCUUUGCAAACCCCACAGCGUCUGGUGGGAAAACAGAGAUUGGAGAGGGGUUUGGGCCGUACCCAGUUCUUUGGUGUUUGAUAAGCAUUCGCCAUGUCCAAUGACCGGACUGAAAUUCCUGAUCAUCUGGAGGAUGAGCAGUUCCCAUCCACCCUCAUGGGGAAGAGGCAACAUCCCAGCUGGGGGGCACCAGCAGCUCCAGACCGUGGCAGCUCCGCAGAGGCCGUCUCGGGGCUUUUUUCAGUGCACCCUGGAGUUCGUGGUGGUUGUUUUUAUGAGGGUGUCCAAAGCCCGUUUUAAGUUGUCUGAGAGCACCCCCUCCUGGGCAUGGCAGAAAAGCACCGAGGAGAAAACUGAAGGAAGAGCUGCUGCUGGGUGUUCUGGGCCAUCUUGCCUAAAUCAGCGUCUUGAAGGUGGCUCUGCAUCCUGCCAGGUGCCUGACAGGCGGUACGGAGACACCCAGAAGGAAAGGACACUGCUUUUCCCUGCUGGGAAACAAAAGGGAAAGGGAAAGGGAAAGGGCAAGGGAAAGGGAAAGGGAAAGGGAAAGGGAAAGGGAAAGGGAAAGGGAAAGAAAAGGUCGGGUGGGGCUGCUGCGGGUGGGGCAAGGGCUGCUGUGAGCCCGAGGACCAGGACGCGGUGGCCGUGGCCACCAGGCCAUGUCCACCUUCCACCCUGCUCACAGCCCUGCACAGCUUCCCAAUGCCUUUCUGGAGGUUUCUGAUGGGGUGGGGAGGCAGGGGGUGCUCGGCUGGCCGGGGGGCAGCUCUGGAGUCUCCCAGACGCCUCACCCUGGCACCGAAGCUGCUGCUGCCCAUCCAGGCCCCCUGCAGUGAAUCAACCCCAUGACUUGUCUGAUUGUAUUUUGAAUCUUGGCAUGGCCUGCAGUGACCUGCGACGAAAAAUGAGGUGUCACCAGCUACAAUGUAGCUCUCAAAAGACAUCCUUCUGCUUGAUGAACCGCAGGGAAAGGCAUCCUAAACCAGGCACCUUGACCUUGUUUUCAGCCCAGGUUCCCAGUGCUGGUGCACACGGGAGCCAGUCACUGCACAUCUGCCACCAAGGGGAAUCGCCUCCGAGGCCAACUGUGCCAUGGGGAAAGGAAAGGGUUAAACAUCAGAAGAGUUUGAUUUAGUACACAACACGGAUAAAGGCAUUCUCUCUGCCAUUAAAACUGAGGGUAUUUAAUUCAGUAAAGUGAGAUUUCAUUCCCCAUGACUUGGCUGGUUGUAUUUUGAAUCUGGGCACGGGCUGCAGUGACCUGCAACGAAAUACGAGGUGUCACCAGCUACAAUGUAGGUGUUAAAGUGGGAAAGGCAGGAGGGAGCCUCAGCAUCUCCCAUCCCGUGGAUAACUUCAUCACAAAGGACCAGGGCGGCGCCCGCUGGCUCCUGGGGCGGCUGUUGCCGGGCAACAGAGACACUAUAUUGUCCCCUGUCACCUGUGCCCCUCGCCCAUUUGGUCACUGGCCGUGGUGGGAUCACUUGCCGUGGUGGGAUCACUGUGGUGGUGGACUCAUUUUGGCAGUUGGAUCACUUUUGGUGGUGGGAUCACAUUUGGUGGUUGCAUCACUUUUGGUGUUGGGAUCACAUUUGGUGGUUGCAUCACUUUUGGUGUUGGGAUCACUUUUGGUGGUUGAACCGCUUUUCGUGGUUUGAUCACUUUCGGCACUUGGAUCGCUUUGGUGACUGGAUCGCUUUCAUCACUCGGAUUGCUUUUGGAACUUGGAUCUGUUUUGGUGACUGAUCGCUUUCUGUGGCAAGAAGGAGCAGGAGAAAGGCUGCUGGCUGUCCAUCCCUCCAAGAUCACCUCCGGACAGAAAAGCUCCUGUCUCCCUACUUCGGGUUCAGUGUUUUCACGCAGAACAGCAGCGAUGGCCACACGCAGUCUGUUGGAAAUGCUGGACGCUGCCAUCGGGACACCCCAAGUUGGGGUUGUGGAUUUCGUGGCGCUCCACAAGCUGCUGAAAGCCAUGAUCAUCGGGCAGCAGGGUCAGCAGGAGGUGCAGUGCGGCCUGGCAGAGGACAUGCGGGCCAUGCAGAAGGCGCACUCUGGCAUGGCAGAGGACAUGCGGGAGAUGAAGGAGGCGAUGCAGGAGGCGCAUUCUGGAAUGGCACAGGACAUCCAGGAGAUGAAGGAGGCGCAUGUCGGCCUGGCAGAGGACAUGCAUGCCCUGCAGGAGGCGCAUUCCGGCCUGGCCGAGGACAUCCAGGAGAUCCAGGAGACACUUGGCCUGGAGGGCGGUGGGGGCCAGUCUGCCCCCUCCGAGCCCACCCAGGUGGCCAUGGACAGCCAGGCCAGGAAGAGCUCAGCACUGGGGCCGAAGGGACGUGGAACACAGCCUGGGAUGGAGACCGACAGGGGGACUGCAGGGUCUGGCUCCCUGGGGAUGCAAGCAGGGACACAGGGGCAACCAGCGACCCCUGUGAAGUUGUCAGGCGCUCCCUCUGAUCACACGAGGUCUAUUGGUGCCGGCGCCACCACCCCGGGGAUGCAGCCAGGAUCACGGGGCACCCAGGCCACCACCCGCCUGGGGACACAGCCAGGGGCCCCUGACACCCAGGCCAGCACCUCAGGGAUGCAGCCAGGAUGCCCUGGGACCCACACCACCACCCCUGGGGUGCAGCCUGCGUCCUCCAGAUCCCAAGCCACCAUCCCAGGCGACGCCCAAGAGCCGGCCAAGCCCUGGGGCUCCACCAGCACCUCCAGCUACGAGUCGGAGAUGCGGGAGGUUCUCUCCCAGGUUGGGCAGCUCGGCAACGUCUACGCUGGUCUGAAGGAGGAGGUGGAACAGCUUAAAUCUACAAAAGCAGAACGUGCGGAUCUUGAGAACGUGCGCCAGCUUUUCCCAAAGGGAGGUCGGCAGAGCAUCACCAGCAUCCUGGCCGACCUCAAGUGCCAGAUGUCCUUCCUACAAGACAUGGCCAGGACACUCCGGGGGGAGGAGGAGAAGCGCAGCAGCUGCAGGCAGAGGUGA